AUAUUUGGAGCUCAAAGAAAGGAUGUACAAGCUGAGGAGUCUGGGGUUUGCUCACCUCCCUUAUGGAGAACUAGUCCACCGAGAAGCCCCCAACAUCGCCAAAAUCAUUACCGGAGUCUUUCUCCAUCAUCAAAAACUCAAGCUAUUGCUAGAGGCCAAAAGGAGCUCAUGGAGAUGGUGAGUAGAAUGCCUGAGGGGUGUUAUGAGCUAUCUUUAAGAGAUAUUGUGGAGCAGCCAAUGGUGGUUACUGAUGUUAAAGAGGAAAGUUUUAGCGAAGAUAGAAGCAUAAUCAAUCAAGAAGAUAUGCAUAUACUAAGAAGGGAACACGAGCAAAAGAAGAAGAAGAAGAUUGAAAAAAAAGUGCAAAUGAAUAGAAGUGGAAGCUCAAUUAAUGAAGGGUUUCUUCUGAAGAUGGUAUUUCCAAUUUCUUUUGGUUCAAGAAAGAAGAAAACAAAAAAUAAUAGUAAUCCUCCGAUCAUCAAUAGCAGUUUAAAAGAUGGAAGGGUUUCUCCGAGGCCUUUGCUAUAUGAUAAUGGAUCUGAAAAAAGCGCCGAUGAAGAGUGGUGGAACAAUAAAUUCCCAGAAUCUAGGGACAUUGAGAGUGGUACUGCAUUGAGUAGCAGUAAUAGUGGAAGUUCAAAAAGCAGUGGCAGCAGCAGUAGAAGUAGCAGCAGAAGCAGCAGCAGGCACGGAAAAGGUGGUUGCUGGUCUUUCAUUUUUGCCAAGAAAGGCAAAGCAGCAAAAUGAAUAUAUGAUCCGUCUCGUGUAAAUUAGACUGGGUGUUGCACGUAAUGUUUUUGCUAUCCCUCUGCAAAUAAUGUUGAAAUAUCUGGCAGAAUAUAAAAGAUUCUAAUGGCAGCUAAGAUUUCCAGCAAUGUAUAUCCUUGCUUGCUGAUGCUUGAAGUAUCUGCUACGAAUUUUAUUUAUUUAUUUUAAUUUCAGUUUCUG